AUGGAUAAACUAGACCUCUCAAAGCUGAAAACGGCGUCGUCCGCAAUCGGCGAGCGCAUCCGGUCCGGCGGAGCCCACGUCGGCCGCACCAUCUCCUCCAAGGUGAAGGAGAUCCUGCAGCACUCCCAGACCCCCGAGUCGAGGCUCGUCAAUGAAGCGACGGCGGCGGCGAUCCCCGAAUGGCCCCUCAACCUCCGGAUCUGCGCCAUGGUCGGCCGCGGCGAGCUCGACGGCGCGGGGGUCGUCCGCGAGGUCGGAAGGAGGCUGUCGCGGGCCGGAGAUCCAGCGGCCCAGGGCUUGGCCCUCGACCUGCUGGACGCCCUUGCCUCGAAUUGCGAGGCGGUGCUUCCCCUGGUGGCGUCGGAGAAGGUAUUGGAGGAGAUGGCGGAGCUAAUUGAGGAUCCAAGGACGGAGCAGGGGGUUAGGGUGAGGGCGAUGCAGCUGAUUAGGGCCUGGGGCGUGUCUGAGGAGCUCGAGCACUUACCGGAUUUGAGGUUCAAAGAAAUUCAACAAGGCGCACGAGAAGAAGAUUCGUUUCCUCCUACAUUUUACAACCUUGAAUCUUAUCUCGGCCAACGCCACCCGUCACCUCCCGAGACACGCCCUGUUGCCAGCACCCUUGUGGAAGACGACGCCGCUCUAUUUGGUUACGAUUUCGAGUCUGUUGAGGAGAAAAAGGAGAUUCUUGCCCAGGCUCGGAACACCCUUGAUAUCCUCUCCACCAUCUUGAAUACUGAUGCUGAACGAAAUCCUGUGGAGGAUGAGCUGACCAUAAGUAUGUUGGAGAAAUGCAAGCAAUAUUCUCUGCCGAAUGUUCAGAGAAUCAUAGAAAGCACAUCCGAUGAUGAAGUGAUGCUAUUCGAUGCCUUAAACCUACAUGACGAGCUUCAGCUCCUCAUUUCCAGACACGGUUCUAGGCACAAGGCAGAGGCGGAUGAGACGAGUCGCCGCCGCCGCCGAAGCGAGCCAAAACGAAUCGAGCACAGGCGGAUGAGACGAGCCGCCGAGCCGAAGCGAGCCAAAAUGAACCGAGCAGAGGCUAGGGAUAGUAUGGUAUUCUCCCGUUGGGAGUGCUAUGUUUGUUCUAGAGUGUUUGUGGAGAAAUUCAACAAGCCGCACGAGAAGGAGAUUCGUUUCCUCCUACAUUGUACAACCUUGAAUCUUAUCUCGGCCAACGCCACCCGUCACCUAGCUCCCGGGACACGCCUUGUCGCCAGCACCCGUGUGAAAGACGAUGAAGGAGACGCCGCUCACUUUGGCUACGAUUUCGAGUCAGAUGAGCUGACCAAAAGUGUGUUGGAGAAAUACAAGAAAUAUUCUCUGCCGAAUGUUCAGAGAAUCAUAGAAAGCACAUCCGAUGAUGAAGUGAUGCUUUUCGAUGCCUUAAACCUACACGACGAGCUUCAGCUCCUCAUUUCAAGACACGGUGACCUCAUUUCCUCCAACUGAAAUGUUAAGUGAAGUUGUUUGCAUUUUUUGGAUCGAACGAUGAAUCUGUUGUCUUGGUAGGCUGUGUUCCCUUGUGAUGAUUUCAGGUUUAUUUGUAACCAAUGAAGUAUGUUUUACUUUUAAGUUUUUAAGGUUAUGAGAUCAUUAUUGUAGUUGCAUGUUUUGUUUUAGUUGUUUGCAUGGGAGUUGAGAAAUAGCAGUUUACGAUUGUCUUAGAAAACCUUGGUGCAAGCAGUUAGAAUUUUCCUAUAACAACGAAAUGAGAGAAUAAUGUUUGUGGACACUGUAU